CCCCCUCCUCCUCUUCUUCCCGCCCUUCCCUUCCCUUCCUCCGAGGCGGCGGCGGCGGCGGCGGCGGCGGAGGGAGCGGGAGCCAGGCGGACUGAGGAUGGCUUCCACCGCCACCUGCACCAGGUUCACCGACGAGUAUCAGCUCUUCGAGGAGCUCGGGAAGGGGGCUUUUUCCGUGGUAAGAAGAUGCAUGAAAAUCACAACGGGACAAGAAUAUGCUGCCAAAAUUAUCAACACUAAAAAGCUGUCAGCAAGGGACCACCAGAAAUUGGAAAGAGAAGCUAGAAUCUGUCGCCUUUUGAAGCACCCUAAUAUUGUGCGACUUCAUGACAGCAUAUCAGAAGAAGGAUUUCAUUACUUAGUCUUUGAUUUAGUCACUGGUGGUGAAUUAUUUGAGGACAUUGUUGCAAGAGAAUAUUAUAGUGAAGCAGAUGCAAGUCAUUGUAUACAGCAGAUUCUAGAAAGUGUUAAUCAUUGUCACCUAAAUGGCAUAGUUCACAGGGACCUCAAGCCCGAGAAUUUGCUUCUAGCUAGCAAGUCAAAAGGAGCUGCUGUAAAACUGGCAGAUUUUGGAUUGGCCAUUGAAGUGCAAGGUGAACAACAGGCUUGGUUUGGUUUUGCCGGUACACCAGGUUACCUGUCCCCUGAGGUGCUACGAAAAGACCCCUAUGGAAAGCCAGUGGACAUGUGGGCAUGUGGUGUUAUUCUCUAUAUUCUCUUGGUGGGAUACCCUCCCUUUUGGGAUGAAGAUCAACAUAGACUUUACCAACAGAUCAAGGCUGGCGCAUAUGAUUUUCCUUCACCAGAAUGGGAUACGGUGACCCCAGAAGCCAAAGACCUUAUCAACAAAAUGCUUACAAUCAACCCUGCCAAACGUAUCAAUGCAUCAGAAGCCCUCAAACACCCAUGGAUCUUUCAACGUUCUACUGUUGCUUCAAUGAUGCACAGACAGGAGACUGUUGAUUGCCUGAAGAAGUUCAAUGCAAGAAGGAAACUUAAGGGUGCCAUUUUGACAACUAUGCUGGCUACAAGAAAUUUCUCAGCAGCCAAGAGUUUACUGAAGAAACCUGAUGGAGUGAAGAAAAGGAAGUCCAGUUCGAGUGUUCAGAUGAUGAUAAACAACAAAACCAACGUGGUAACCAGCCCCAAAGACAAUAUCCCUACCCCAGCGCUGGAGCCCCAAACUACUGUAAUCCACAACCCAGAUGGAAAUAAGGAAUCAACAGAGAGCUCCAAUACAACCAUUGAAGAUGAAGAUGUGAAAGCACGUAAGCAAGAGAUUAUCAAGGUUACUGAGCAGCUGAUUGAAGCUAUCAAUAAUGGGGAUUUUGAAGCCUAUACGAAAAUCUGUGACCCUGGCCUUACCUCAUUUGAGCCUGAAGCUUUGGGAAAUCUUGUAGAAGGGAUGGACUUCCACCGGUUUUACUUUGAAAAUGCUUUGUCUAAGAGCAACAAGCCAAUCCAUACCAUUAUCCUGAAUCCUCAUGUCCACCUUGUGGGUGAUGAUGCUGCCUGCAUUGCCUAUAUCAGGCUGACUCAGUACAUGGAUGGGAGCGGCAUGCCAAAGACAAUGCAGUCAGAAGAGACUCGAGUCUGGCACCGCCGUGAUGGGAAAUGGCAGAAUGUUCACUUUCAUCGUUCAGGAUCACCAACAGUACCUAUCAAUUGAACAUCAGUGUGCCACAUUGUGUCAUCCACAGUCUACACUUGGUUGGCUACCAUCUCAGCCACUCCUUUGCCCUCUUCAUGCAUGUUCUUUAAAUGCAUGAAGCUGUGAAGUUUCUACAUGUGGUACAUUUAUGAUGCAUCAUUUUGUUGUAUAUUCCAUCGGUACCUUUUGUUUAUAAAUCAGUGAAAGGGAUAUUCCAUGCAAAUUGAAAAUGGAAUUGCAAAAUGAGAGAAAGGGGGAAAUUGAAAUGUGAGAAUAUAUACAGCAUAUAUUUCUCAUGCCAAUAUAUUUUUUAAAAAUUCUAUCAGAAUGAAGGUUUAGAAAAAGCAUAUUUCAGUUACUGCAACUUUCUUGUUGACUAAUUUGUUUUUAAAGACUAUUAUAUAUUGCUUUGGUCAUAACAGAAAGAAUGAAAUUCCAGCUUUCUUAUUGUAGGACAUAUGAUUAGAAAUACAUAAUUAGACCAAAGCAGUUCUGUAGGCUUGAGAUCAUGGGGACUCAUAUUUCCUAUGAACCACUGUGUAAACUGGAAGUAAAACUGCAUAGUUUGCUGACUUGACUUAUCUAGAAUUAUCUGUCACUUGUUUGGUCAGCAAGAUUUUGUAAAAAAAAAAUUCAUUUGCUUAGCUGUAUUCUAACUACAGGAAAAAGAUACUUUGAAGUAAUAUUUCUAGAUCGUUGAGAACAGAGCAGUGAACAGAGUUGGCACAGGUUUUGGUGGUGAAAGGGUAAAAUAAAACAUUUUUUAAUCAUAUGGGUGUACAGCACAUUUAUUAAAGUAAGUUGUAGGGGAUUUUUUUAAAAAAACUAAUGUGUGGUAGCCUAGAACAAUUAGGCCUUAAAAGCUUAGUAUCAGAAGUUUACUUGUCUACAUAUUUUGUAGCAAUUUAUUAUCUAACAACAACUACCAGGAAAAAUAUGUUUUCUAAUAAUACUAUCACACUUUUACAAUAAUUAUUUUAUCCAUUUUCUUGUGGCUUUUCGAUGGCCUUGAAACACGUGGGAUAAAUCAUUUUUUGUGGUUUGAUUAACACCCUCCCACCCUCUUGUUGCUGUAUAUAUCUACCUGCAAAAUGAGCAGGAAAUAUAUUCAGAGUCAAUUUAGAGCAGAUUGUUCAGUUGCUGUUUGAUUGCUUCUGUUGUGUACAUGUGAAAUCAUAAUCCUGCAAAAUAGGGACUUUGUUUUUUAGAUUUGUGGUUUCUUUAUUCACUUUGGUCAACAGUGGGGCUAUCAAUUUUCUGUAACACUGUAUAGUGCAUGAUUCUUUGAUCAAUGUUAUUUUUAGUAAGUAAAAUUUAUAAUUUGCAGCAGCUUGAAAAUUUUAAUGCAGAGAAAGAAACGAAAGUCCCAGUUUGUAUAACUUUCAUCUGUCUGUAUUAAUACCUAAACAAAGGUGAUUCUUACCAUUUACACCUCAGUGUUGUUCCUUGUAAACAUAUGUUAAAGACGUUUAACCUUCUCUGAUGAUGAUGAUUAUAUACUUUUAACCCAUGGCAAUAUUUAUAGCAAGCAUCUACAGUAAAUGUCUUGAGCCAUAUUAACCUGCCAGUGGGAAUCUGUGAAAAUGCAAAAGCCUCAUGCAUUUUUUAAAAAAAGAAAAGUAAUAAAUUUCUUAUUUUGCAAAGCAGCUUUAGGUGGUAUAUGUGUAUUUACAUUUAACAAAAUUAUGUGUAUGGUUUUUAUUUUUAUUUUACACUUUUUACCAUAGCAUGUGAUAUUGCCAUAUUAUUCUAGGUCAAGUCAAGUCUGUCUUCCACACAGAUAUGUGUGAAAUAACUGUGCGAGUUAGUUCUGUUCACUCCAGCUGAAUUAUACACCUUACCCAUUGUCAUUUCAAAACGCUGCAAUUUACCAUGGGACACAGUAUGUGUGUGUGUAUAUAUUUCUUGCCAUAAUGGUAAAGAACUGACAGAUAUAUUUAAAAAUUAAUAAAUUUGUGAUUUCUGCUGA